AUGUUGCUGUGGUGGACAUGAGUGAUGUCUCCAGACAGCCUUCCCUCUUCUACCAUCUUGGAGUCCGUGAAAGCUUUGACAUGGCCAAUAAUGUGAUCCUGUACCACGACACCGAUGCCGACACUGCUCUUUCAUUGAAGGAUAUGGUAACUCAAAAAAACACAGCAUCUAGUGGAAAUUAUUAUUUCAUCCCCUACAUUGUGACUCCGUGCACGGAUUAUUUUUGCUGUGAGAGUGACGCCCAGAGGCGAGCCUCGGAGUACAUGCAGCCCAACUGGGACACACUCCUGGGCCCACUGUGCGAGCCCCUGGUGGACAGGUUCAUCAGCCUCCUCAAGGACAUCCACGUGACCUCAUGUGCUUAUUACAAAGAAACCUUGUUAAAUGACAUCCGGAAAGCCAGAGAGAAAUACCAGGGCGAUGAACUGGCGAAGGAGCUGGCUCGGAUCAAACUCCGCAUGGACAAUACGGAGGUUCUGACCUCAGACAUCAUCAUUAAUUUACUCUUCUCCUACCGUGAUAUCCAGGACUAUGAUGCGAUGGUGAAGCUGGUUGAAACACUGGAGAUGCUGCCUACGUGUGAUUUGGCCGAUCAGCAUAAUAUUAAAUUCCACUAUGCAUUUGCACUGAAUCGGUACUUGCGAUCAUUAGUUCAGAACUUGUUAUUAAUUCGGUGCUUCAAGAAAACCAUUAUUGAACAUUCACCCAGGCAAGAACGGCUUAACUUCUGGUUAGAUAUAAUUUUUGAGGCAACAAGUGAAGUUACUAAUGGACUCAGAUUUCCAGUUCUGGUGAUAGAGCCAACCAAAAUCUACCAGCCUUCCUAUGUGUCUAUAAACAGUGAAGCAGAGGAGAGGACAGUUUCUUUAUUGCAUGUCCCCCCCACGGAAAUGAAACAAAUCCACGAAUGGAAUUUUACAGCCUCUUCUAUUAAGGGAAUAAGCUUAUCCAAGUUUGAUGAACGGUGUUGUUUUCUGUAUGUCCAUGAUAAUUCUGAUGACUUUCAAAUCUACUUUUCCACCGAAGACCAGUGUAGUAGGUUUUGCUCUUUGGUCAGAGAGAUGAUAACCAAUGCAGUGGGCAGUGCAGUGGAGCUGGAGGGAGAGACCGAUGGAGACACCCUAGAGUAUGAGUAUGACCAUGAUGCAAAUGGCGAGAGAGUUGUGUUGGGGAAAGGCACGUACGGGAUUGUGUAUGCCGGCUGGGACCUGAGCAAUCAAGUGCGAAUAGCCAUCGAAGAAGUCCCUGAGAGAGAGAUAGCAGGCGAAUACUCUCAGCCUCUGCACGAGGAGAUAGCCCUGCACAAGCACCUCAAGCACCGCAAUAUUGUGCGGUACCUGGGUUCUGUCUCGGAGGACGGCUACAUUAAGAUAUUUAUGGAGCAGGUGCCUGGAGGAAGCCUUUCUGCCCAUUUGCGAUCCAAAUGGGGGCCGAUGAAGGAACCCACUAUCAAGUUUUAUACCAAACAGAUCCUGGAAGGCCUUGAGUAUCUCCAUGAAAACCAGAUAGUGCACAGAGACAUAAAGGGUGAUAAUGUUCUGGUAAACACCUACAGUGGCGUGGUGAAAAUCUCCGAUUUUGGAACCUCUAAACAUCUUGCAGGAGUGAAUCCUUGCACAGAGACUUUUGCAG